AUGGGAAACGGAAAGAAACCUUGUCUUUCCUAUUCACAGAGUCAUGCAGUGCUGGCUUGCUUGCACCAUGAGUACAUCAAAAUUAAUGGAAAUGUGUUGGAAGUCUCUGAUUCUUCGGAGGAAGAGAGUGAGGAAGAUGAGUACGAGACAGAGGAGGAUAAUAAGGAAGAUGAGAACGAGGCAGAGGUGGAGGAUGAGCCGGGUGAGGCAUGCGCACGACUGCCCAAAGCCAAAGGAGCAAGCAUAUCGAGGCCGAUAGUAAUGUUUACCGCUGCGGCUAUGGUGACGUUGGGUGAACUCUGCGUGGCUUGUGGUGAAUGCAACUGCGACAAUUCGGUUCUCCUGUCCUGUCCGAAUCGUACAGAGCUAGUCUUAAGUGAGUAUGGUUUGACAAAUCUAUCUGACCAAGCAUUUACAAAUGCAUCAUCGUUGACUAACCUGAUUUUGCACACGAACAAACUCAGUCAGCUACCAGAGGGACUGUUUCGAUAUCAAUAUGAGCUACUUGAGGUAGACUUGGAAAGGAACCAACUUAGAACAUUGCCCGAGGGGAUUUUUGCCAGCACAUCAAAAUUGAAGAUUCUAUGGUUGCAAAGAAACGAACUUACUCACCUUCCUGCACAACUGUUUCAAGCAACACGAAGCCUGGAGAAUUUACACCUGAAUGAAAACAAACUUUCUCAACUUCCUGCUCGGAUUUUUGAAGCAACACGAAACUUGACGCGUUUAGCAUUGGACGGGAACACUAUGAGUCAGCUACCAGAAGGACUGCUUCGAAACCAACAAAGAUUAACUCAACUUCACCUUAACAAUCUCAGUUUGACUAUUCUAACUGAUGGAGUAUUCAGUACUGCCACAUCGUUGCAAUUUCUGCGUUUACAUGGCAAUUUUCUUAGUGAGCUACCCGAAGGACUGUUUAUUAAUCAACAACUGUUAAAAUCCAUAUCUCUGAACAAUAACCGACUUAGUCAGCUGCCAGAAGGACUCUUUCAGAACCAGCCAGCAUUGAGGGCUCUUUCAAGCCAAAAGUCAUGCAUAGCAACUGCACCGCUGCACUGCGGCUACACUGGCUAUAUGCAAUGA